AUGGGGGGAGCUUGUUCUAGGAAGAGAGACCACCGAGAUGAUGAAGAUGAUUUUCAUCUAGGUGUUUCCAGAAGAUAUUGCAAAAGUGGGAGUUCGAAGUGGUUGACAACCUCCUUCACCCGCCCUGUUUUAGAUAUUCAACCAGGCAGAGGGCCAUCCCUCAUGGACUUGUGCAUCCGUAAAAUAUGUGAGGACAUUGAUAAAUAUAACACAUUCUCUAUGCUCCCAAGAGAUAUUAGUCAACAGAUCAUCAAUGAGUUGGUGUACUCCGGAUGCCUAACUGAUGUUUCUUUUGAAGGUUUUCGGGACUGUGCUUUGCAGGAUCUUUACUUGGGAGAAUACCCUGGUGUAAAUGAUAGUUGGAUGGAUGUCAUCUCCUCGCAAGGGUCAUCGUUACUCUCUCUGGAUCUCUCUGGUUCUGAUGUUACUGACAAUGGAUUAGUUUUUCUGAAAGAUUGCACAAGUCUCCAAGCAUUAAAUUUUAAUUAUUGUGACCACAUAUCGGACCAUGGCCUCGGCCACAUCAGUGGUCUGUCUAGCUUGACAAAUUUGAGUUUUAGAAGAAAUAGUGCAAUUACUGCUCAUGGGAUGAGUGCCUUCGCUAAUUUGAUUAACUUGAUCAAGUUGGACUUGGAGAAAUGUCCUGAAAUCCAUGGUGGGCUUGUUCAUCUCCAAGGCUUAACAAAACUAGAGUCUCUUAAUAUCAAAUGGUGUAAUUGCAUAGAUGAUGCUGACAUGAAACCUCUCUCAGGGCUUACAAAUUUGAAAUGCUUACAAGUUUCCUGCAGUAAGGUGACUGAUGUUGGCAUUACUUACUUGAAAGGUCUGCACAAACUUUCUCUUUUGAACUUGGAGGGAUGCCCAGUUACUGCUGCAUGCUUGGACUCGCUUUCAGCUCUUGAUGCCCUGCUAUAUCUGAAUCUGAGCAGAUGUCGUCAUCUGACUGAUGAAGGAUGCGAGAAGUUUUCCAGAUUUGGGAACUUAAAAGUGUUGAACUUGGGGUUCACUGAGAUCACCAAUGCUUGCCUGGUGCACUUGAAAGGUUUGACAAAUUUGGAGAGCUUGAACCUGGAUUCAUGUAAGAUUGGUGAUGAAGGGCUGGUCAACUUGACAGGCCUUCAGCGUUUGAAAUGUUUGGAGUUGUCAGAAACUGAAGUUGGAAGCAACGGGCUCCGCCAUCUGUCAGGUUUAAUUAAUCUGGAAAGUAUAAAUCUUUCAUUCACUGUUGUUACUGACAGUGGUUUAAGGAAACUGUCUGGCCUGUCGUCUCUUAAAUCACUUAAUUUGGACGCUCGCCAAAUUACUGAUAGUGGACUUGCAGCUCUUACAAGUUUAACUGGAUUGACACACCUCGAUCUAUUUGGAGCUCGAAUUACAGACUCUGGAACACACUAUCUGCGAAGCUUUAAAAACCUGAGGUCCCUGGAAAUAUGCGGUGGAGGAUUGACGGAUGCUGGAAUAAAAAAUAUUAAAAAUCUUUCAUCCUUGACCCUACUGAAUCUGUCUCAAAACUGCAACCUGACUGAUAAAGCUUUGGAGUUGAUUUCUGGGCUGACGGGAUUGAUCUCUUUAAACGUUUCAAAUUCUCGGAUCACCAAUUCUGGACUUCGGCAUUUGAAAACACUGAAGAAUUUAAAAUCUCUGACAUUGGAGUCCUGCAAGGUGACAGCAAACGAGAUUAGGAAGCUUCAGUUGACUGACCUUCCCAACCUGAUCUACAGGUGUAGAAAUUCUCUAUGCGCUUCAUGUGAAGUUUUCUACCAAAAUCGAAUUGUCAUGGAAGAAAAUGUGGAUAAGCUUCCUGGGCAUGGCACUUCCGCCGCUUUUUAA